CUGCAUUUAAUGUUUUCAUUAGGAAACUGGGCGCAACCCAGUGAGAAGGGGGAGAGAGAAAGGGUGACUGUGGGGCAAAGACUGACAGAGGAGAGUGAGAGAGAGCGAGGGGGAAAGGAGCUUGUUAUAGACCAGUUAUAAAUCAGGAAUUCUGUGAGCACUGAAAACAUUCUGGACUCCAGGCUUCCUGUCCACCAUGACCCGCCCCUUCACCUCCACCCUUGGGCUCCUCAUGCUCCUCAUUGGCUUCGCAGUGGCAGGACCUGCUGAGUCGAACCUCCUGCCCAGGACUGUCCGGGCGAGUGCCUGUCAGGAACAUGGAUCUCUCCAUAACAGACUGGAUGUAGUCGAGAAGCGUGUGGAAGAAACCGUCAGCAAAUUGGAGACAGAGCUGGCUCUUCUGCUGGAUGCCAUUGAAUCCCCUGAGUGGAGCCCCCUGCUGGACACCAGAGGCAAACCUGAGGUGGACAUCCUGGAUGGUCAGGGAGAGAAAGGAGGCUCCUAAACCAACCAUAAACAGGAAACAGAACAAGAACUAGUGUUGGUGUAGAAAGCUACUGACUGUGUAAGUCAGUCACUUAGAGGAAGUAGGAGUGAGGAUUUACGUAACUGACAUGGACAGACUCUUAAAUAUACUUUACUUUAGUUCCAAACCUGUACUGUUGUAUUGUAUGCUACAUUGGACCUAGCAUGUCCUAUAUACAUCCUGUAAACCAAAACAAGCCCCUUUCUAGAGAGCACACAGGCUUAUGUACAAGGUGGUACAGUUGAUAGAUCUCGACACUAAUUCUUAAAUACACUCGUCUAAUCCUCCAGCACUCUUCUCCUUUUGUCUGUCUUAGCCUCUAAACCAUUUUCUCACCAAGACUGACACACAUCUUGAGGUCAAGUGUACUAUACCAUCUUCAAAACAGUGUGUUGUUAUCAAGUCUCAAAUGAACCUGUAUCUGCUGCUGUAUCACUGUGGCCCUCCUGUGGUAGUUUGCUACACAAAACAGAACAUCAUAAUAAACAAGUCAGUCUA